AAAGAAGAGAGAGAGAGACAGCAAGAAAAAGAAGAGUAGGAGGAGAAUGAUGGAAAAGGAUUGAUUGGUGGGGAUGGAAAAUGCUGCAGGGGCGCACUAACCUCCCACUCCCAGUAGAGGAGUCCAACUGAAAAUUGAAAAGUACUCAGCACACCAACGGCUUCAAAACAAGAAUACAGUAAUCAACCUAGCCUAAGCCAGGCAGGCAACCAAGUCCAACCCACCUCAACAAUUCAGACCCCAUCAGCAUCAUUGCCUUCAGCCCAAAUGGAAUAACUAGAGACGAUUAUCACUGCACAGUCAUCACAAACACAAACAGCAUUCAGCAAGACCUUAACUUUUGGCCAUUACUCCUAAUUUCUCAUUUUGAGGAUGUCUUGUUUGUUUUAGUGCUUUUUUUGUUCUGUCUUUUUUUUAAAAAAAAUUUUUUGGGGCGGGUCUGAUAAUAACUCUGGAGUACUUUUGGUGAGGGGGUGUUGUUGUUGUUGUUGUUGUUUUGUUUCCUUGCAUGAGUGAGUAAGGGGAGAGCGGCGUUUUGUUGGGUGGUUGGGUGGUGGCUUCUGCUUGGCAUUUAGUGGGUGUAUCAUCACAUCGUAAUAUGGGAAACUGCUGGUGGUUUGGCAGAAGGUGGGAGCCUUCAAUCUACAGAGUUUCUUCUAAUGCAAAGUCAGAGUCUUCCAAGGAUAGCCCAUCAGGAAUGGUAAGGAAGGAUGACAGAAAGCUACCAUCAAAUCCUGAAGAAGUAGAAGACCUGCGUCGUAGUUCAUCUGCAAACCCAUUGAUUGUAUUCACAUUCGAUGAACUAAAAACCAUCACUGACAACUUUAGACAAGAUCACAUGCUGGGUGGAGGUGGAUUUGGAAGCGUGUUCAAAGGUUUCAUAGCUGAAGAUCUAAAGAAAGGACUUCGGCCAAUUCCAGUUGCUGUUAAGGUUCAUGAUGGGGAUAACAGUUUUCAAGGUCACAGGGAAUGGCUGGCUGAAGUCGUAUUCUUGGGGCAGCUUUCUCAUCCAAAUUUGGUGAAACUUAUUGGCUACUGCUGCGAAGAUGAGCACAGGGUGCUAGUGUAUGAGUAUAUGCCUCGGGGAAGUGUAGAAAAUAAUCUAUUCUCCAGAGUCUUGCUUCCUCUUUCUUGGUCUACUAGAAUGAAGAUUGCAUUUGGUGCAGCAAAAGGACUUGCUUUCCUGCAUGAAGCUGAGAAACCUGUCAUCUACCGCGACUUUAAAACAUCUAAUAUUCUAUUAGAUCUGGACUACAAUCCAAAACUGUCUGAUUUUGGCCUGGCAAAAGAUGGACCAGUUGGCGAUAAAUCUCAUGUUUCUACUCGCAUAAUGGGCACGUAUGGUUAUGCUGCACCAGAAUAUAUUAUGACAGGUCAUCUGACUCCCAGAAGUGAUGUUUACAGCUUCGGGGUAGUCCUUCUGGAGCUUCUAACAGGUAGAAAAUCUUUGGACAAAUGUAGACCAGCCCGGGAGCAGAACCUGACUGAUUGGGCAGUGCCCUUGCUCCGCGAGAAGAAAAAGUUGCUUAGCAUUGUAGAUCCAAGAUUAGAAGGAGAAUAUCCAGUAAAAGGUGUUCACAAGGCAGCUAUGUUGGCUUAUCACUCCUUAAAUCGCAACCCAAAAGCACGCCCUUUGAUGCGAGACAUUGUAGAUUCCCUGGAGCCUCUCCAGGACCAUUUGGAGCAAACUCCUCCAAAUGAAAAGCCUACUUUGACAGUGAUUUGUGAGAACUCUGAUGGAGGCAUCCAGAGGAAAGAUACGCUGCUAACAUGACAUUCUUUGCUAUAGUGUUUUGCAAUUUGAAAUCAGAAGUUUUUUGACAUGUAGAAUUGUACUGUUGUAUGCAGGUUUAAAGCAAAGAUUAGUUUAAAUUGUUUUAUAUGUUUUCAAAUCAUAAGAUGGCAGGUUUAACGUAUCACCUGCUCGUUUUGUGGUUGGUAAGACUAGUGCUUUUGCAGCAGACUGCAGUGUGUACCAAUACGAAAACCUGAUGUAGCUUGUAAUGCAGGUUAUUUGAGUAAAAAAUGCAUACCAAGUGAAGUGAUUUGGCAUAUCCC